AGGGGGCUGCGGUCCUUACUUGUCGUUACACUGGGAACUAGCAGGUGUGCUAACUUCAUUGGCACGGUUGAAGUGACUGGCGCGCCGUGACGCAGGAUGACAUUGAAUAUCUAGAAACCAGUUGUCUUCAUCAAUUCCUGCUGCUGCUUCAGAAUAAGGUUUCUGGGUAAAAGUCUGCAGGGGGUUCACCAUGGUGCAAGAGGAGAAUGACGGGAUAAACAGAGACAUGAUUAUUCCGCCAAUUCAAGACAACAGACCUACAUUGUCAUGGCAAUUUACAAUCAAGGACAAGAUGACGCUUGUGCCUCCCUGUCUUGGCAAGUUCAGACCAGCUGUGGGUCAGUGCUGCCACCAGUGCACUCCGGACAGCCUGCGUAAGAAGCAUGGACAAAACUCUUCACUUGGCUUUCGUAACCUGCUGAGUGUCAAUGAAACGCAAACCAGAUUCCGUGGCUGGCUGGUGCGGAGGGUUUGCUGCAUGCUGUUUGUGAGCGGGUGCAAAGUGUAUGCGAGUCCUGUUGUCAACAGACUGGAGAACGUCUGUCAGAGCAACAGGGUUAAGGAGGUGCUUGCAGCAGACCAGAAAACACCUGCGGGGCAAGACAGCCAAGGGCAGAUUAACCGCCUCACACCAUUCCUCCCUCUCAUUAAGACCUGCAUCUCUCCUGGCCUCUUACGAUUCAUGGGCUGGGUGAUGCUGAAGAUGUUAUCUUCUGUUUUUGGAAACAUUCAAGUCAACCUCAACCAUCUGUCUGCAUUGCACUCAGUCUCACAAGAGGGAUCUCUGCUGGUUUAUGUCCAUGUGCGUCAGAGCAUCAUGGACUGUGCUCUCAUCCCUCUGGUGCUUCUCUGUCACAACCUGAGAGUUCCAUACACUGUUUGUCCUCAUCAGGUUUACAGCUCCCCCCUAAGAUCAAUCCUGCAGAGAGUAGGUGUGGUCCUCCUUCCACUGUCUGCAUUGACUGAGCAGGAAGCUGAGAUGGACAGCCUGUACUCACCUGUCAUGGCCUCUCUGGUACGUGAGCUGCUACAUGAGGGCCAGGCGAUAAGUGUUGGUGUGUCAGCAGAGUCUGGCCAAGGUGGCCAGUGGCUGGCUCACAUCAGACAGCUCAUCAAAGAGAGAUCUGUCCCCGACGUCAGUCUGGUCCCUGUGGGCAUCUCCUACGACUGUGUGCCCGAAACCAACAUACAGGUCAGUUUAAGCACAGUGUUUCAGUGGCUUUGGUCUGUUAUGUGGAAGAGACCAGAAGGAAGUGUGAGGAUCCACUUUGCUCAGCCCUUUUCUCUCAAGGAGAUGUGUGAGUCAGGCAGGUGCAGAGUAGAUGAAUGGCUCCCUCUACAGGACCUGUUGCUGCCUGUUAUCCUCGACAAUGGAACCGUCAGAGCAUUUGGCCGGAGGCAGAUGUCGUGGCUCCUGCCUUCUCAUUGUGCAUCUGAGCUUAAAGAGCCAACUCCUCCAGAUAAAGAUACCCUGAGUAUUGCCAUCAUCCUCCACCUUGUCUUCUCGGCAACUUCCUGCAUGGCUGUGAUGUCCACCAGUCUGGUGUCCAGUCUUUUGCUUUAUAAACACUGCAAGGGCGUUAGACUUUCUGUCUUGUGUCGUGAUGUCGCUUGGCUCACAGAGGAACUGUUGUUCAGAAACAAAGAUGUCGGCUUUGGGGGAAAUCUAACGGAAGUUCUCCACUAUUCCUUGUCCCUGCUUGCACCUCACCUCAUCAUUGCUGCACUGCCGUCCAGGGAAGACCCUUUCAUUGUGCCUCGUCCCUCCCUCACUGCAGCACUUCACCUUUCCCUCCAGGCCCAGAUUGUCAUACACACCUUUAUACCAGAAGCUGUUGGUGCGUGCGCAGUGUCCGCCAUGCUGUGCGAAGUUGCCGUCAGUGUGGUCAGCAGCAGUGUGAACAGUGACGGCGUGGAUGGAGUGAAGGUCAGAGGUGACAUGGACUUUGAUGUGGUGCUCUGCCAGUCUGAGUUGACUGAGCGCGCCCUGCAGCUUUGCCAUCUCCUUCCUCCAGGCUUCAUGCCACCCUGUCAAUCAUCGCAGAGUUUUGCUCUCGAUGCCAUUGACAGUCUUGUACGCUGUGGAAUCCUGAUCAUGGAAGAAAUUCCCAGAGAUGUUCCUAUCUGUGAUUUCUGGAAGAAGGAGGGUGCUUUGGCCUGGACCUCCUCUGACGACCCUUACCAAAGUGACUCUGACUGUGAAGAGCAGGACCUGCAUUCCUACAAGAUAAGCCAGCCUAGCCAAUGUCCCGAGAUGCUCUUCUUCCUCUGCAGUUUGCUGGCCGGACAUCUGAGGGCGCUGUGCUGGACCACGACUGCACUGGACUUCAUUGACACACCUCUGCCGGAGUCAAAGUUUGUGGCUCAGAUACACUCCUGUCUGUGUGACACAGCAAAUAAGAAGAAACAGCACUAUGAGAGCUGCUCAGAGGAGGCUGCAUACACUGCAGUUAGAACACUAAUAGACCUGGGGGUCAUUACAGAGGAACGUCAGGAGGGAGGCGUCUUCCUGCGCGUCUGUCCUUUGUUCCAGUUGCCGGAAAACAGGCAGAAGCUGCAGCACUUCAUCAAACAGUACCUCUACAAUUAAAAUGUUGACUCACGGCCUCAACGCAUUUGUCUUUCAGAGUGUGACCUCUUUUUUUUUAUGUUGGUGUCAGAAAAGCUUGUGUUUAGUGUUAAAAAACAAAGACUCACGCUGAGCUGGGAUGCUCUUCCCUUCAGGUUAAUUGUAUUUUGAUUUUGAGACUUUGAUUUGAAGUUUAUCUUUAGUAAUAGCAUUAGCAUAAAGCCACAGGAGACGAAGAUUAUGAGGUCUCUGUAAUCAGUUGUGAGGUUUUGCUGUAGGAGAAUGACGCUCAGUGGCGGCGUGUGUUUUGAUCCGUGUUUGUUAUAACGGAGGUUAAAGUUGUUACGUUUGUUAUUUGUCUUAGUUGUGCUUUUUGUUUUUACAAAUUGACGCCUUUAAAUGUGUUCAUAUUUCUUUAUAAAUCCAACACAAAAAAAGUGAAGUGUGUUUCAGUUGUUAUUACAGUUGCAUUCUUAUAGAUCUCAUUUCUUGUAAACGAAUCAUCCUUCUGCAUUUGUCCCCUCUUGCAUGUGCUGACUCAUUCCUCUGGAGUCUCUCUAUUCAACAGACCUUGGGACGCCAGCACACAGAGACGAAUCGAUGUCGGGACACAGGGCCUCCGGUAGCUCGUAACGAUUUCACAGUCAAAUGGUUGUACAGUAAAGAAUCAGAGGGGGUGUUUCCUCUAACUCAAACAGUCACUGCAAAAGAUCAACUCCUCCUGACUGUGAAACUGUACUGCCACCCAGUGUUGAAAUGAGGGUGUUGAUGGUAGUUACACUUGGCCCUCACUGUUACGGGGUCCAUAGUGUAUUUUAUUACAAAGACUUUGAGUUUGUGAGUUCCCACUGAAGAGGUGAUAAAGUGAGUAUAUAAAGAAGUUAGAUCGUUUUGAGAUGCAGCUUCUACAGCAGCUGAGGAUUCAUGCCACUGCCACACGUUUUUAAAGCCUUAGAAUAAGCCUUUUAUAUGUAACUUUACAGAAGCCACCAUCUUACACCGCCGUGCUUCUACACAACCUAAACGUACAAACCAGAAGCUUACUGCACAAACAAAUAAGAGCGACAUACUUCACUGUGUUU